CUCCCCAGUUUGAGACCAGUGCAUCUUCCUUUGAGCUCGGAGGGACGCGCUGGGUGAACCGUGACGUUCGGAGUCGGCACAGCGAUCCUUCUGGAGCUGGCUCGGACUCCGUGAAAGCAGCAAUAAAGCGACAUUGACCGAUUGUCCCUGAAGGCAGCGCGUUGGACGCGCCUUACGUAACAAUCACGUGAUUGCGUCAACAGAAACAAACAUGGCGCCGCGAAAGUGACAAAAACCGAUUGUCUCAGGAGAGGACCAGGAUGUCUCUAAGGAAGCAGAUACUCAAGGACGACGUUCCCUCUGGAAGCCGACGGAUCGCCGAAAACCCCCCGGAGGACGAGGCUCUCGACGACAGGGACCACAAUGACUUCGUACCAUCUCUUCAAUCGUCCUCAUCAAGACCAAAACGCAAGAGAGAGAGGGAAAUCAAGUCCAAGCCCAAAGAGAUGAGCGAGGAGGAGAUGGUGGACUGGGCUCUGCGUCUGAGCGAGCAGGAGGCCAGCGCCGCCGCGUCCAGGCGGCAGCAGGAGGAGGACGCCAUGAUGAAAGCCCUGCAGGAGAGCCUGGUCAGCCAGACACAACCGGUCCCGUUGUCCCAGAGUCGGAACCUCCCCCCCGACGCCGGAGCUUCACUCGGCCUCGGCUCUCGGCGGAAACUCGUGUACUCCAACGGGAGGACAGCGUCCGCCGUCGACCGGGGACCGUCGGAGGACGUCCGUCCCCCGGAGACAGCCCUGAACCGAAGAGCUGAAGGACCUGGAGAUGAAGGUAAUAACAGGAAUAAAAGGAGGAAAAGGAAAGAAGGAAGUCCUCUGCUGGAGAUGCCGGACUCUCAGGCUCCCCCCUGCAGCUCAGACUGGAUCUCCGCGCCUCUGGACUCACCACUGAGCUCUGACUCGACCCAGAUCGAGGACUGCCGGCUCCAGAGAUCCCCCGUCUUCCCCUCCACUGGCUACAGAGCCCAGGUCCACGUCCCCCGUCUGAGCCAGAACCUGCUGGAAACCUACAGGACCUCAGGGUUUGUGUUGUGCUCUCAGGACACGUGCACCUCGACUGGAAAGUCUCGACCCGAGGACCUCCCUCGGUCCAGGAGCCCCGUCUUCUCAGAGACGGAUCAGGGAGAGGAUGAAGACACGGAGCCGGAUCCCGAGUACUUCACGAGUCCGGUGUUUGGCAGGAGUACUCAGCACGAGACGUCUCCGAGUGCCUGCCGACCCCGAGUCAGUGUCUGUAACUCGGGGUUCACGUGCUCUUCUCAGGAGAGUUUCACCCCCUCUUCUGUGAGGUCGGCGUCCUGUCGGCCUAAAAGCCCAGUAUUCCCAAGAAGCCCUGGCUUUCCCCGGAGCCCCGCCCCCCCUGAAAGAUCAGAAAGUCCUGGGUUCCCAGAGGCUGACGGCGGACAGGCGGAGCAGAGUCACGAGUAUUGUCCGAGCCCGGGGUUCGGCGCGACUGGACGAGGACCAGCGAGUCCCCUCGACUCUGUGAGUCCUUCAGCUCCAGAGCUCCCGGGUUCAGACAGUGACGGGGACUCGACCAUCACCAGGGACCCAGCUCGGGGUCUGGCUCAGGGCGGCGAGACUGAUCACAAUCAAGACGGCAGCUUUAAGAAGCAAUCAGAUAACGGCGAGGAGGAGCUGAAUGAAAUGUCCAAGGACUCGGACGGGACCGAGCUGACCAGCGACAUGGUGCUGCGCUGGUCUGACGAGGACCAGGACCUCACGCCAGUGGGCUCUCCCAGCCCGGUCUUCCCAGAGGAGAGACCUGUUCCUCAGGCCUCCCUGAACCAGGACUGGACUGCAUCUUCUCCGGAGAGGAACUGCAGACCUUCUAACUGUUCCACGUCCACCGGCCGACGCCAGCUGUCCACCACAGAGCGAGAACCACGGCCAAUCAGCAGCCAGGGAGCGGUCGGCGGGGCGUCUGCCCCCCCUGGGGAGCCUGCAGGCGGUCCGACGGUGCACUACUACUGGGGGGUUCCCUUCUGUCCACGAGGCCUGGACCCAGACAAAUACACACAGGUGAUCCUGGCCCAGAUGGAGGUCUACGAGAAGAGUCUGAAGCAGGCCCAGAGGGGUCUGCUGAGGAAGGCUGAGUGGGGGGACGCCGUCCUGCCGCAGCCCGAGAAAUCCCCUUCACCUGAGUCGCCUGCUGAAUCGCCUCCACAGUUUGUUCCUCGAAGGCGCGGCCUCAGACUGAGAGGCAAAACACUGUGUGAAGCAGCUGAGUCUCCUCCAGUUGAGGCAAAGGAUGAUGAAGAAGACCAAAAGGAGGAAGAGGAGGAAAGAGAGAGCAAAGAAGAAGAGACGAAUGAGGAGAGGGAAGAAGAAGGACAGGAUUUGGAUGACUGUGAGGUUUGUCCAGAAACCCAACUGAGUGACGACGACAGGACGCAGGAUCUGAUGAUGGCGACUGACGCUGGAGCAGAGUCUGAGCUGCCAGAUGUCGAGAUGAUUCUCCAGAAUGAUUCUCCUGCUGAACAGGAGCUGCAGCCGGAGGAGGAGAUGGAGGUGGACGCCCCAGUGGACAGUAAGACGAAGGGAAACGUCCCCGUUAGCAGCAGCAAUGUGAGAAAAGAGGUGGAGGAGGACGGCGAGGAUCCAGAUCUGGAGGAGAUAGGGGAUCGAGAGCUUAAGAGGUCCACGUCUCCUGAACUGGAACCAGCCGGGGUUCCUCAAAGCCCCCAAACCGAAGUGGACUGUCCCAUCUGCCAGGGCUCCUUCCCGGUGACGGAGAUCGAGAGACACGCUGCGUUCUGCGAUGGGGAGGUCGUUGACGAGAGGAGGUCCCAGAAAAACUGCUCCCAAGUGUCGUUGAAGUCUCUCAGGAAGAGAACCAGGACAGCAGACGCGACUGAAGAGACCAACGACUCCUCCAACACCUGCAUCCGUCAUGAGAAAUGUUUCAUCUGUCAAAAAGCCGUCCCGCUGAAAGACUACAGCCGGCACACCGAGUUCUGCCUCCAACGGCAGAAGUCAAAGACUGCAGCAAAGGGAAACCUGCUGUCAGCUCUGGAUCAAACCGAGAGCAGAGUCUCAGAGGCCGGGUCGUCUGGAUCCAAACUGCAGCCAGGAGAGAUCAUUGAUCUGCGGGAUGACGACGACGACGAUGAAGAGGACGAGGAAGGCUGCGUUUCAACACUGCUGAUCAGUAACUCUCCCAUCAGAUCCUUCACUCCGAUCUCAGAGGCCAGCGACUGCCUUAUCGACUUCAAGAAACCGCAUCGAGCCAAGACACCGCGACAAAGACGACGCCGAUGACGCCGAUGAGGACGACGUCCUGCAGACUAGACGUACUGGAACCAGAGCCUUAACUAAAGACCCCAUCAGGUUGGAUGUGACAUCACCUUUAGAAAAGACUUAUUUGGAAACACCUUCCUGAUGUCGCGUAUUUAUGCAGGUAAACAAAAAACCAAUUGAGCACUUGAAUGGAAACUCACAUUCUGACUCUUUUGUCGCCACUAAAUGUGACGUUUGUGUCUGUUGAAGGUGUUUCAGACUACCUCUUCAUGUAUUGAACCUUUUCUUUUUUUGCAACUUGAGUCUAAUGUCUCGACCCUCAGAGUGUAAAUCAGAUUCAUUCAAACAUUUCACCGGCUCUCUUAAAGUAUGAAAAGUGAAGACCUGCGAGGCUACAGAACUGAUCCAUCGGUCUACAACUGGGGUCAGACAUAUCUCAGCAACUACUGCAUGGACUGCCAUUAAUCUUUCCAUAACAUUCAUGUUUUUGCCAUCAGAUAAAUCCAACUGUUUUGUUUUAUCUGGCGCCACCUGCAGGUCAAAACAUUUUACAUGUUAUGACGGAAAACCGCUAAAGCUCAGGACUGAAUUCGGCCUUGUGUGUUCUUAAAUGACAACGCAACAUGCCAAAUAUUGGCUUGCUGAAGUGUAAGCAUGCGGGAAUGCUAACAUGAAGCAUGCUAAUGUUAGCAUGUAAAUGUGCUAAGCUGUCGUCAUGCUAAUGGUCAAUUUUAAACAUCAGCAUGCGACACUAAAAUGCGUUACAAACCUCAUGAUAUUGGAAAUGUGCGAUGCUAACUGUACACAUGUUCACAUGCUAGCUUGUCCAGGCUGAUGUUAGCAUUUUAGCUAAUGUUUAGCUAAUGCAAAUAUUACAAGCUGUGUGAUUCUACUCUGAGUCCAGACUUCUGAAUCACAUCUGAUUUGAUUGGUGGACAACCAACCAGCCAAUCAGAUGUCAUCUUCUUGUGUCUGAGCCAGAAAAAGGGAAACAAAACUGGCAACAACUCGAGCUUCAAUUGACGAGUAAUUUUCAUUAUCAAUUCAUCUACAGAUUAUCUUCUAGAUUAAUCCCUUUUUUGUUUUGUCUUUAAAAUGUCAAAAAGAAAUAGUAAACCUUGUAGUUUCACUACCACGAGUCCAAAGAUAUUCAUUUAACACUCAUAUGACAAAGAAGAGCAGAAGAAUCUCACAGUUCAGAAGCUAGAACCUGGGAAAGUGUCACAUUUUUCGAUUUAUGGAUUAUCUAAGUAGUUAUCAACUCAUUAUCCAACUGAGGUGUUGUUUCAGCUCUUUAUGUCUGAGAUGGAUGCAGCGGUGCAGUUUGAAAUGAUUCCUUCAGUCAACAUCAGACUGAUUAGUUAAGUGUACACAAAAUGGCAAAACUAUCUGAUUUCCAAGGCUAGCUCGAAUGUAGCUUUCUAACGUGCAAACAUCAGCUCUUAAGGCGCCUUAACAUUUAGCAUCUUAACAAACCAGCAUCAGUGUCAAAGCACAGUCGAGACUCUGAGAUGUCCCUAACUGGCUGCCGUACAGAGGUUAAACCCUUUGUUAUUUACAGGACAGUAUGGCCUUUCUUCUGCCACUGUCGGUACACGAUCCGUUCUGCACAUGUGCAAGAUGUUCGCUCAUGUGCAGAUGACAUCAUGAUGACGUCAUGAUGAACGCGGAUUUACGACACUGCACGAUCUGUUCCCAUAGACAGUUAAAGAAAGUCUGUUCGCCUCCACCGGAAAGCUAACAACGUUAGUUAGCUAACAGCUAAUUUCGGCUAACCGCUAGCUGAGACAGCAUGUAAAAGACCCUCAAAACUUAAAAUAACCGUUUAAAUAUAUAACAGCUGUUACGUCAGUUUUACUUUACUUGUGUUUAAUGUAAAAUCCAAUCACUCAAUACUUGUCUUUAUUAUUACUGUAAAGUCUUAAUUUAGCUGGAGCUGCUUUACGUUAUUAUUGACUGAAUCAAGCGGUCAGCUAGCGGUUAGCCAAAUUAGCUGUUAGCUAAACUAGCGUCGUUAGCUUCCCGGUGGAGGCUAACAGCAGACCGCUACUGUGGAACGGAUUGUGCAGCGCAGUAAAUCCUCGUACAUCAUGACGUCAUCUGCACAUGUGCAGGACGGGUGGUGCACCGACAGGCACCACCCUCAGGACAAACAUCACUUCUUUUUUUUUAUUUUUGUUUUUUGUUUUUUAGAGCUAACAAUAAAGUUGUCUCUCCACUUUCCAUCUAUCCAACAGUUACAGGUUGUGGUCUGCUAAGAGACAUUUCUAAUUGCGGACAUUUUUUCUAAUGCACGUCUCCAACUGGAUCAGAGAAGAUGUUAGCAUUUGUUAGCAUAUUAAAUGUUAGCAUUUGUUUGCAUAUUAAAUGGGAACUAAACCCACGAUGAGAGCUCACAUCACCUGCUUUCACUGACUCCAAGCAGGCAGGAUGUGGCAGCAAGUGAAAUGAAGCAAUACUGAAACCUCUGUAUUUCCUCUUUUUAAGAUCCCACACCGCCUGGUGAUGGGUGACUGUUUUUCUGUAGUGACCACAUGUGACCCGAGCAACUCGAAAAAUGUUGUCACUGCACUGUGGAAAUAAUCUUGUUUCAUUCAUUCAUUCAGUCAUUUACUGUGGACCAUUUUUUUUUUUAAUCAAUCAAAAAUAUUUCUCGCCAAGUUGAGAGACGUAUCAUUUGCUUGUUGCUGUUUUGUUGCAUUCGAGUGCUCGAGUAUUAAAUACGGCAUUAGCACUUUAGAGUUAAAUUCCCCGGUUGUCCGACUCGAUGAAGUAAAGUCACCGUAACGCAC